AAACAAACGUGCUAAUUGCUCAAUUUCAGUCUACAGCUUAAAAAGCUCAAAAUUUGCCGAUAGCACAUUCGGUUUUGUACAAAAAUCUAGCUAUAAAUGAAAAAUGGCGUUAAGAUCGCAGCAUGUGCACGAUGGUGGCGUUGUAGAACGACGGUUGCGGCCUGUAUAUGAUUGGCUGGAUAAUGGGUAUAAUAAAAAGGCUUUACAAGAGGCGGAAAAGGUAUUAAAAAAGAGUCCAUCGUUACAAGCGGCGCGAGCUUUGAAAGCUUUAGCACUUUAUAGGUUAGGUAGAGCCCAAGAGGCAGAAGCUGUGCUAGAUGCAUUGGUCGAGGAGAAGCCUAGCGAUGACACGACAUUACAGGCGAUGACAAUGUCAUUUCGGGAGUCUCAGCAAUUGCACAAAGUUUGUACCAUCUAUGAAAAUGCUGUGAAAAUAGAUACAACAAAUGAAGAACUACAUUCUCACCUGUUCAUGUCAUAUGUCCGGGUCGGAGAUUUUCGAUCGCAGCAACGAGCAGCAAUGGCAAUAUACAAGUUUGCACCAAAAAAUCCAUAUUAUUUCUGGGCAGUCAUGAGCAUAGUUUUGCAGGCCAAAGAAACAGAAGACACAACAAAAAGGAACAUUCUCCUCACUCUUGCCCAAAGAAUGAUAGACAAUUUUAUAUCUGAAAAUCGAAUGGAAGCUGAACAAGAAGCCCGCCUUUACAUAAUGAUAUUAGAACUACAAGAGAAAUGGGAAGACAUAAUCAAAUUUAUAGAAAGCCCUUUGUAUGGACAACUUAUACCUGGUUCUAUAUCGCAAGCUUGUAUUCCGUAUUUGAAAAAGUUGGGUAGAUGGAAAAAAGUCAACAUCCUCUGUAAAGAGCUACUAUAUGAUAAUUUAGAUAGAUGGGAUUAUUACAUGCCUUAUUUCGACUCUGUCUUCCAUUUGAUGAAAGAGAAUAGCAACGAAGAAAAUAUAGACGAUACGGCUGAGAAAUGCCAUGAGUUUAUAUGUCAGUUAGUCGAAAGUAUGUCUUCCGGGCGAACAUUGAGAGGUCCUUACUUAGCCAGACUGGAAUUGUGGAAACGUUUGUCUGUCGAAGGAGAUCCGACAGCGUUACUCGGUAGUGCGUUGGCACUCUGCGUGCAGUAUUUAAGGGUGUUUGCGAGCAAACCUUGUGCUGUACCAGACUUGAAGGUUUAUUUAGCGAUGAUACCCCAAGAAGAAAGGGAGGCUAACUGCAGAGAUUUCCUGACAUGCCUCGGUUUCGAUGAAAACUCUGAACCAGAAACAAUGGACGACAUACAGCGUCACAUCUCGUGUCUGACAGCAUGGCGCCUGACAGCCCCUCGUCCUGGUGCGACAGACGCCCUCCAGCUAGCCGCUACGCUCAGGAGGCAUUACCUCAGGUCCCUCGAGAAAAACAUGAUCAAGUACUCAACUACUGAGUUCUGUUCCGCAGAUAGCUAUGCGAUACUAGCGGCUCAUCAUUAUUUUUAUGCUGCAACAGAACAGAAGAGCUCAAAACCCAUCCUCGAAGCCUUGUGUCUCUUAGAAUUAGUAUUGUUGUAUUCACCAGCGAAUUAUCACGUGAAGCUUCUUCUAGUGCAACUGUAUCAUCUGCUAGGCAACGCAUUAGCCGCAGAUUCGAUCUACCGUCGCCUAGAGCUGAAGCACAUACAGCUGGUGUCGCUGGGCUGGCUGCACACUGCGCGAGCGGACGCGGCCUGCGUGCCGACGCGCGCCCUGCAGCUGCUGGCCGACCUUAGGGCCUUCCACACGCACCACGCUAAGGAUCAGAGCAUCGAGCACAUGACGUACGCGUACAAGUUCGGCACGUUCGAGAAGGUGGUGGAGCUGCGCGCGUGGGCGGCGCGGCUGGAGGCGUGCGCGCUCUGUGCCGUGUCGGCGCGCCGCCGCGACCUGCUGGCGCUGCUCGCCGCCCCCGCGCCGCCCGCGCCCCCCGCGCCCCUGCACGCCGCGCACACCGACAACCGCGACCUGAACAUCAUCGUGAACUGGGAGCCGCCCGAGCUGCAGGAUCCUGAUUUGAGAUCUCGAACGUUCGAUCAAGACAUGGCCUACCUCCGCUUGACGGACGCGCUGCUGUCCUCGGUCACGCUGUGCACGGAACUCGCCGAGAACAAACCGAUCGAAGAGAAGAUGCAACAUUACGAGCAACUGCGAACCUGCGUCGACACGUUCAGCGAAGCGAUGGAGAAAUGCACAGAGAAAUAUUGUGUUUACGAGAAGAUCACUAUAUCCGGACCGUUUCCUUCCAGGAUAAUUGGUUUCGUAAGUUCGCCGGUGCCGUAUCGGGAACUGUACUCGAUAACGUUGCGCAUGAUCGGCGAGCUGUCCAUGAACAACACUGACAAAGUGCACGAGCUGUGCGAUCAAGUCGUCGCCAUCAUUUUGAUUUCGUCAAAACUUAUCGUCCAAGAGAUCCGAUACGGCGCUGAAGACAACGGCUGGUCGAUGCGGGAUAGACUCGAGUCGCUGUCCAAUUAUUUACAAUCCAUCGGCGUGCUAACGUAUUUACUGGGCGUUUGCUACGAGAUGAUAACUCCGACGAACACAAAGAAAUCGAAGAAGAAAGCGAACCGCUCCGUCGAUCAGAUGCAAACGAUAAAAUUAAUUGACAACAUAAACGUGACGUUGCAACAGGCGAUCGCUUCGCUCGAGGAGCUCAUGGACCUCUGGCCUGACUACGACUUCUCGGUCGACCUGGAAGAAGAACUGACCAGAAUGAACAUUAACCCAACCGCACCCAGCCCGGUCGAGAAUAAACUGAAGCUAGGCCUCGACAAGAUAAUUGAAGACAUACAGAAUAUACUGAAACGAAAGACUGCUUAUUUGAAAGGCUUAAUACUAAAUACUAAUACUUAAUAGUGACAAAUUUUAGUUAUAACGUCAACGGUUCGAUUUCGCCUCUAUAUAGUUCAUUAUACAGGGUGUGUGGAGAUCAUUCUAUAAGGCGGUGUCUAGUGCUUCUUGAGGCGCGAAAAUUUCGCGAAUUUGUCGUUACUAGUCUUUAACCAACGAUCGAGAUUCGAUGAUGAUCACUAAACACCACAAGGUUUUUGUUAAAUUUUGUAUUUUUUUUUUAUUGACGCGUAACGAAAAAAACCUGUUCACAAAUUCGUUUUAAUGAUGCACACAUAAAAUGGAUAAUAGAUAACCAAACAAAAAAAUCUUGGUAUAAUAGCCGGCAAACUUCUUGAGCAUUUGUUGACGUAGUGGGGGUAAGUUUGCGC